AUGGCCGUCGUGCCCUCCAUUGCGGCUGAACAUGGCCACGCCGUCCCCGACUACCCUCCUAAGACCCAAGACUGUCCCCAGGAUCCCGAGAAGACAGUCACUCCGGAGGACGUUACUGAGGAAGAAUCUGGACCACCUUCACCCCCAGUUGAGCAACUCCAGCGAUGGAACGAGUCCCCAAUCAACAGGUUCCGAUACUUGACGACAAACUACUGCUUUGCUUUGAUGGGGAUGACAGAUGGUUCACUUGGUGCACUUCUCCCAUAUAUCGAAUCUUACUACAGCAUUAGCUACACGGUCGUCUCACUUGUCUUCCUUUCCCCUUUCGUGGGCUAUCUCCUCGCCGCAUUACUGAACAACCUGAUCCACCACUACUUCGGCCAGCGAGGCGUGGCUAUCAUAGGGCCGGUCAGCCGUCUGAUCGGCAUCGUGCCUCUGGUUUUCCACCCUCCAUACCCAGCCCUACCCGUGAUCCUGCUCUUUAGCGGCUUCGGUAACGGUAUCGAAGACUCAGCCUGGAACGCCUGGGUCGGCAAUAUGCAACAUGCCAACGAGCUGCUUGGUUUUCUGCACGGCUCUUAUGGACUCGGCGCCACCAUCGGCCCCCUGAUCGCCACCGCUAUGGUCACCCGCGGUGGCUUACCCUGGUACACCUUCUACUUCGUUAUGAUCGGUGCCGAGGCAGUAGCACUGAGUUUAGCUGGGCCGGCCUUCUGGAGUGCCACCGCUAAAGUACACCGCGCUGCCAUGCACGCGGCCAGCAGUGGCUCAACUGAGUCCAGCGCCAACGGUGCCGACGGCGGCACCCAGACUCGCACCACCACCCGCACCGUCCUCCUCAACCCUAUCACCUGGCUCGUCGCCUUCUUCCUCCUCGGCUACGUCGGCGCCGAAGUCUCACUCGGCGGCUGGAUCACGACCUUCAUGCUCAAAGUACGGCACGCCGAACCUUUCCUCGCCGGCCUCAGCUCCACCUUCUUCUGGCUCGGCCUGACCGUCGGCCGCGUUGCCCUUGGGUUUGUCACUGGCAAAAUCGGCGAGAAAUUCGCCAUCUCUCUCUACCUGGUUCUCUCCGUCGCCCUACAGCUUCUCUACUGGCUCGUCCCCAACUUUGCCGCGUCCGCGACCUUUGUCGCCCUCCUCGGGUUCUUCCUAGGCCCACUCUUCCCGGCAGCCAUCGUGGCCGCGACCAAGCUCUUACCGAAGAGCUACCACGUCUCGGCGAUCGGGUUUGCCGCGGCGUUCGGUGGCGGCGGGGCCGCGAUCUUCCCGUUCGCCGUUGGUGCCAUUGCGCAGCACAAGGGCGUGGAAGUGCUGCAGCCGAUUGUGUUGGCGAUUUUGGCGUUUAUCCUGGCGAUGUGGUUGCUGUUACCCGGUGGCCUGCGCGUGGGCGGGUUGGAGCGGGCGAGGGAGAAUCGGGAGACGGUGGGGCAGAAUCUGAUGCGGCCGGUUGCGUGGGUGAAAAAGUUGAAGAAGACAGGAUGA